AUGCAACAAGCCCGGCUAUCCGUCGUACGCCCCUGCCGCUUAAUCGCUCGUCGUCGCUUUCCCGCGCCUUCGUUCUCGCGCCGAUUCCAUCUGUCGCAACAAUGGCGGUCAGCUCCAUCCAGCGACCCUCAUGACGGCCCAUCAACGCCAUCAGAUACCGUCGAUAAUCGCCAAUCCUCAAAAAUCGAAGAUGUCCUCGCGAACCAAAGCCAAUCACCGAUUGAAGGAGACCAGACGGGCAAACCCGCCGCAAAGCCAUAUGGCUCUGCGCUGCGGAGAGCCAUGAGGAAUCGUCAAGCAGAACAGGAAAAGCAGAAGGAACCGGCUGCUGCAAUUCCUAGCUGGUUCGCGGACCAGAACAUUGUCACCCGGGGCUCGGAAGACGCUCAACAAGCCCAACAGGUGGAAAUCACAAUCUCGAAGCCGGUGCCUACCCAAAUGAACGCCCAGAAAAAGGAGAUUCCGACUGGAGGUGCUGGAGACGAGCCUGUUCCAUCUAGCGAACCUGCCGAAUUUGUUGAAGAAAGCAGUUAUGCUGUCCCAGAGGAAAUAUGGGGCGAAUUGCGAGCGUCAGUCAAGGCGGGCCUGAGACUACCACCUACGCAGUAUGCCAAAGAACCGGCAGCAAAGAAGUCGCACCUCACUCUUCAAUAUCCCGGUCAUGACGGCAUUCCGUUCUUGGAUGCAGUGGUACGACAGCUGUCAAAUGAUCUCAAGACUGACUUGAUCACUCUGAAUGCCCAAGAUAUUGCCCAGCUAUUCAGCGAGCAGGACCUUGCAGAGACCGGCGCAACAUCUCCCAUUCGAUCCCUUGGCUAUGAUGUUCAUCGCCCCCCGGUAGCUACUUGGCCAGAGCCCAUCGAUGGGGAAGGCGAGGGUGAAGAUGACAUGGCCGAGCUCGCUGGGCCCCCAGGCGUUCGUACCGAGGUUAGCACCCCUCGAUUCAUUACCAUCGAGGCAAGCAAAGACUCCGGUGAUGUACCGCUACCGAAUUGGCUUGGCUUGAAGUCAAUCGUGGCAUCUAUAAACGGCCAGGGAGACCCUGAAUCUGGCUCUUCGCGACAUUUUGGCCAACGCGCAGAGCAGCGCUGGACCCGUCUUUUGAACGAAGUGAUUUCUUCUCUUGGUCGGCCCGUUAAACACAUUCCCAAGGAAACAGAAGAGUCAGCUGAGCCGGACGUCGCUAUUCCUGUCCUUCCUCGGGAUACCAUCGUUCACAUCCAGGAUUAUCGAGACAUUCAAGGCACCAGAGAGGGAGCUAGGGUCAUUUCGUUGCUACAAAAGGUUAUCCAAGAACGCCGACGAGCUGGUUCCAGGAUUGUUCUCAUUGGAAGUAUAUCCCAAGAACUUCGUCAUACUCCGUCACAAGACGGUUCCAAAAUUCUUCAAAAUGUCUUUGAUGACGCCUUUUCCAAAACACUGGUCAUCACGCCGUCCAUGGAGUCAAAGGCUGCUGAAAAGAAGUUCGCUCAGGACCAGAAGCAACGCACCAUGGAUAUCAACAUUCGCCACCUGCAAACUAUGCUACGCUUCCGACUUAAUGAAACUGGUUCGGCUGUGAAAGAUGAUAUUUUCGGUGACCGCGCCUGGACACUUGACCCAACGACAAUCAAACAAUCCGGGAUCAAAGCAAAGUUUUGGUCCUACAACCAGGUACACUGGGUUGCAACCCUGGCACUUGGCAGUAUAGAAUCGGGUGAAUCUUUUGGGUUCGAACAUAUCCGACGUGGAAUCGAGCUUAUGGACAAAGGAGAUCAGGUCACCAAUGAUUGGCUGCAGGCAAAGUCUCCUAAGGCCACGGAGUCUAGCAGUGGACAGACCCGGGAGCAGUUAAUAAGCUCGCUACGCAAGACGUGCACAUCCCACGAGAAAAAACUCCUUAAUGGCGUGGUAGACGCGAAAAGUAUCCGGACAACUUUCAACGAUGUCCAAGUGCCGCCAGAGACUAUCGACGCGCUCAAAACCCUUACUUCCCUUUCUCUAGUAAGGCCUGAAGCUUUCACCUAUGGUGUGUUGGCCACGGACAAGAUCCCCGGCCUUCUGCUAUACGGGCCACCCGGCACAGGAAAAACUCUGCUCGCCAAGGCAGUUGCUCGUGAGAGUGGUGCAACCGUUCUUGAAGUCAGCGGCUCAGAAGUAUAUGAUAUGUAUGUGGGUGAGGGUGAAAAGAACGUGAAAGCCAUAUUUACGCUUGCCAAAAAACUUAGCCCUUGCGUUGUCUUCAUCGACGAAGCGGACGCCAUUUUCUGUUCUCGCACAGGCUCUAGCAGUCGAACCUCUCAUCGUGAACUCAUCAAUCAGUUCCUCCGUGAGUGGGAUGGAAUGAACGACCUUUCUGCAUUCAUCAUGGUUGCCACCAACCGUCCCUUCGACCUCGAUGACGCAGUCCUACGACGUCUGCCCCGAAGACUACUUGUCGAUCUCCCAACGGAGACAGACCGCCACGCGAUUCUAAAGAUCCAUCUCAAAGAGGAACAACUCGACCCCGCAGUCGACCUGGCUGAUCUUGCCAAGCGAACAGAGUUAUAUUCCGGCUCCGACCUUAAGAAUCUCUCAGUUGCCGCAGCUUUGGCCUGCGUACGAGAGGAAAACGAUGCCGCAGCAAAACACCAGGGCGAUGAGCCCUAUGCGUACCCUGCGCGGCGAAUUCUCACCGAAGCCCACUUUGAGCGCGGAAUGGAGGAGAUCAGUGCCUCGAUCAGUGAAGACAUGUCUUCGCUCACUGCUAUCCGCAAGUUCGACGAACAGUACGGCGAUCGUAGAAGUCGACGCCCAAAAUCUAAGGGUUGGGGCUUUGGGCCUGCUGCCGAUGCACCUACUACUGAAUCUGUUCGUGUGCGGACGUGA